AUGACUGACCGAGAAGAAGCCGAGAUACAAAUUUCAGAAUUAGAUUUACUCUCUAGCAUGUUUCCUUAUGAGGAGGAGUUCAUUGUGACUGACCAGCUGGCUGUAGCAGAACUAAAACACUAUGCUGAAAAUGAGUCUGCAGAGAUGCCAUCUUCAAAAGUUCAGUUUAUACUGAAUGUAAAGACAGAGAUCUCUAAUGCUUCUAUGGUGGAAUUCUCUAUGGCCUGUGCUUUACCACUUAAAUAUCCAAGUGUUCUCCCAGAAAUCACUGUGAGGUCAUCAUUACUAAGCCGUGCUCAGCAGAUUCACCUGAACUCUGAUCUAAAAAUGUAUUUGAUGCAGAACUGCAGUGGUGAGCCCUGCAUGUUGAGUGCAAUGGAGUGGGUGAAAGAUCAUGCAGCUGCUUACGUUGACAGAGGGCUGUCCUGUUCCUCGGUGGCUGCGUCACAUGCCGUGCAGGCAGAAGACAUCACGUUCACUCGAUUGUGGAUCUACAGUCAUCACAUCUACAACAAGCAAAAAAGAAAGAAUAUUAUUGACUGGGCCAAGGAGCUCUCCCUGUCAGGGUUUUGUAUGCCGGGGAAACCAGGUGUUGUUUGUGUGGAAGGUCUGCAAAGUAGCUGUGAAGAGUUCUGGUCAAGAGUACGGAGAUUAACGUGGAAAAGAAUUCUCAUUCGGCACAGAGAAGAUGUCUCUUUGGAAGAUGGAGGACAUACUGAGAUUCAAAACCAAAGGAAGUUCUCUGCUUUGGAAGAAAAAUGCUUUGAUGCACAUGGUGCCAGAGGAAAUCAUAUGGAUUUGGGGCAGCUGUAUCGUUUUUUAGAAGAAAAAGGAUGCGCUGACAUUUUUCAAAUGUACUUUGGGGUUGAAGGGCAUUGA